CACACACACAAGCAUAAUAGUAAACUACCCCCCCCCCCCCCACACACACACACACUUAAGCUCGUCAUUGGCCUCAAUGUCAUAAAAUAAGGGGUAGAACGAUGUUACCGCAUGGCUUGGUGAAUGAUAGUUGGAGAAAUUCCCGGGGUAGGAUGUUUGAGCUUCAAGGGAGAAACAAAAAACAAAGCACAAACACAACACAUUCUCGCUCAAUGCGAGGUUAUUACACAUAUUAAGGGUUCACAAUACGAUUAAACAUAAAGAACUCACAAGGUACUAGUUCACACAAAACUUAAGGAGAAAAUAAAAAUAACAAUAAAAACAGUUCAGAGUAUGCAAGUGGAGAAGGGGGGUGAAUGAAAUCGGCUCUGCCACGUGUCCUCCUAGAUGGCUACCUCGUCAUGGCAAGCUCACUCCUCGUCAUCGGAGAGGACGCCCUGGCAGUGAGCCAUCCUCUCUACCUGAUCGGCGGUGCGGUCAAGCUGAGUGGUGACUCCCACAUAAUGUGCCUCGAGGCAAUCCACUCGCUCCUCGAGGUGUGGUUCGGAGGUAGUGGGUCCGACCCCUGAUUAUGAUGAUGCUACUGAUGAAGGUUGUACUUCAGGUUGCCGGCGUAAACUUUGUUUUUGCCACAUCCAUAAAUUGCUCAAUCUUCUCGAACUUUUUAGUGCUCGUGCUCACAAAAGUGGUCACAAGGUCUUCAAGUUUUGCAAACUUAUCAGGUUGUUGGAACCCUUGACCUCUUUGAACUUGAAAGGGUUGCUGGAAGUUCGAGCCUUGGAAUUGCGGCCUUUGUUGAAUGAAAGUAGGCCUUGGUUGGUAAUUUGUUGUUGGUCCAACAUUAAUUUAACUAGGAUUGGUUAGACUUCACCCUCGAAUCGGAGUUCGGACAGCCACCCACAAUCAAACCCUAGGUGCUAAUACAAAAUAUGAGGUUUG